AUGUUUAUGAGAAUUGUCAAUUUUGGUGAUGGCCGGUGUAUUAUCGACGACUUGACAUUUUCCUCUCCUUAAUCCACUAGACUAAGUUUUUUUUUUUUAAUUUUUUUGUAUUCUAAAUAAUAAUAAUGAUAGCAAAAAUGUGUAACUCUAUAGGACUAUAUAUAACCCUAAAGUUCUAAGAAGAAAAUUCAUCAGCUGACAUACCAAGUAUAUAUAAUCUUCUUGAUCUUUAAAAAGUAUCAAAUUUAUCUGUAAGUUGAUUUAAUUUUAAGUUAUGUCUGAUAGCGAGGAGAAAAAGCACCACCACUUCUUCCACCGCCACAAGGAGGAGGCAGAUGAGGAGCCUAAGGACCCCGAACAGGAGUAUAAGCAUCACAAGGUCCUUGGACACGUUAGCAAGGCUACCGCCGUUGCUGCUGGUGCUUAUGCCUUGCAUGAGAAGCAUAAGGCAAAGAAGGAUCCAGAGAAUGCUGACCGCCACAAGAAAGUAGAGGCGAUCGCAGCCACGGUUGCAGUGGGAGCUGGUGGAUUUGCAUUCCAUGAACAUCACAAGAAGAAGGAAGCCAAGGAAAAGCUCAAAGAGGAGAGUGGUCAUUAAACUAAAAUUUAAACCGUGUGUUUGGUUUUUGUUCUAAUAAAUACUCUGUAAUUUGCUGUGAAACAUGGGAGAAGACUUUAUAAUCUCACAUUUUAAUUAUUUUGUGCUGUGAAUUGAUUUAGUAAUUGUGAUUGUAAUUUUGCACCAACGAAAUAUUAAUGCCAAAAAAAAA